AUUAUUCACAGGGGAGCAAUUCGUCGUGCGAUUUCAGGACAGGAUGACACUGUGCUUGUGAAUAUGCUCAAAUUCAUCCAUGGACAGCUGUUUCGUGGAAGUCAUUUUGAUGUCUUACGUCAUGUUGUCGAAGGUUUUUUUGAUGUCUACGCAAACGAGGAAUUACAUCCAAAAGUUGCGAAACUAGCAAUCAGCUUGAAAACAGCGAUUGCAAAAGAGCUGAUUGUACAAAAUCAGCUUUCACAAACUAUCGGAGCCCUUGAAUCUAUAAUGAAUGCUGCGCGAACAUCAGCUUUACAUUAUGAGCCUCCGAAGGAUAUCAGUGAUCUUGCCAAGGAAGGUCUAGAGCGUCUAAGUGAAAGGAAAGGUGACCCUUUUGGUUUAUUUGGUGAACCUACGUUAGGAUCCAUACCAUUUGAUCUUCUGGAUAGAGAAAACAAUGCUCAACCUGUAGUGUAA